UUUCGGACAAGCUACAGGUUCUUUGCUUUGUACCGUGACCAUGUAGCAACAGAGAAACCUACCGCUCUUCCCCCACCUAAAGGACUGUUGGUUGAGGAGGAGGAGAAAGGUGGGAGAAAGAGCCUCCUUUUCGUUGUUUUCCUUCCUACCAUAAACCUUCCUUCAACCUCUCCCUCUCUCUUUCUCUCUCAUGGCUAGCUUGUUAAGGGAAUAUGUUGGUGUUGUUGUUGGAGUGGUAGUACUAAUAGCUGCAGAGUGUGGAGGGGGAGGGAUAGGAAGAUGUGAGGCAGCAGGAGGGGCAGACCAUGUUGUUGGAGGUGAUCAAGGGUGGGAUGCUGCUUCUGAUGUGGCUGCCUGGUCCACUGACAGGGUCUUCAGGGUUGGAGACAACAUCUGGUUCACUUACUCUGCAUCUCGGGAGAGCAUCAUCCGGCUAGGGAGCAAGGAAGAAUUUGAGUCUUGUGAGCUCAGCAACCCAAUCAAGAUGUACACCAGCGGGCUCGACCGGGUGAGACUCGAUGGAGCCGGUGCACUCUACUUCUCUAGUGGUAAGCUUGAGAAUUGCCAAAAUGGGCUCAAAUUGCAUGUGCAGGUGGUGCCCCAGGUCGAAGCUGGCGGGCGAGGCAAACAGGUCAUGAAUGCACAAGAAUUGGCAGCAGGGCCCGAGCCAUCUGGCUCGACCUAUAUUACAUCAUCGACUUUGGUGUUGAUUGGGUUUGCUCUACUUUGUUUUGUGGUCCUCUAAUGUGCAUAUCUCAUGCCAUCUAGUUUCAUGUUCCUUCUUCCACUUAGGUGGUUGUUUACUUUGUUCUUACUGUACUUGUGUUUGGAUGUUAAAGAGGAACAUUUGAACCUCUUGGAUUCUAAAGUCAGCCCUUUUU